GCGGCCGUGAUCCCGGGGUCAAGGGUGCUUGGUGAGGCGAGGCGGGGCAUCCCGCGGAACGAAGGUAGUGGGCUCUUUCCCAGCCCCGCCCUUCCCACCCCCAGGCUCCGCCCCAGUGCCGAUCCUGUCACGCCCCCGCCCCGCCCCCUCCGGGCCGGGGCUGUGCUGCUGGAGCUGUAGUGUCCGUGUCGCUAUGGACCCGGAUUUAAGACUCCAAAGGCUGGAGGGGACUCCAUCCUCGUCUCUCUCUGUUCAAGUCUUCCCCUGGCUUCAUGGCCCAUCUCAGGUGUUACCUUCUCCAUGUCACCUUCUCUGAAUCUCCCCAUCCCCCAGGAUCGUAGAAAGCCAGGACACACCUGAAUGUGACCACGACUCCCAGGGCCCCAGUUUCCCUGGACUGUGACCCCUUAUGAUUUUGUGACACCAUCUCCCCACCACUGACUUCCCCUUUACUCUUUUCCUAGUCCCCCACUCACGAGACUCCUGGGGGCUCUCUUGGAUCUGAGCUAUCCUUGGGUCCCCUAGGAAGAUGUGGGAGGGGCUUGGGCCCUUCCUUCUGUGCUUCUUUAUGGUCUCUUCUGCCCCCGGAUCCCCACCACGGAGACCGGCCAGAGAGCUGGAUGCCACGCCAAGGACAACUAUCCCUUACGAAGAGCUCUCUGAGGCCCGAUACUUUGGGGGUAAUGCCCACAAUUAUUCUACACUGCUGCUGGAGGAGGCAUCCGGGAGGUUGCUUGUAGGAGCGCGGGGGGCCUUGUUCUCUCUUAAUGCCCAAGACAUUGGAGAUGGAACCCACCGUGAGAUCCAAUGGGAAGCAUCCCCAGAGACUCAGAGUGAAUGUGUCCGAAAGGGAAGAAAUAACCAAACUGAGUGCUUCAACCAUGUCCGGUUCCUGCAGCGUCUGAAUGCGACGCAUCUCUAUGCUUGUGGGACUCAUGCCUUCCAGCCACUCUGUGCUGCCAUCGAUUCCGAAGCCUUCACUUUACCUCCUAGCUUUGAGGAGGGGAAGGAGAAGUGUCCCUAUGACCCAGCCAAGGGCUACACAGGGCUGAUCGUUGACGGCGGCCUCUACACUGCCACAAGGUACGAGUUCCGCAGCAUCCCUGACAUUCGUCGGAGCCGCCACCCCCGCUCCCUGCGAACUGAGGAGUCCCCCCUACACUGGCUCAAUGACGCGGAGUUUGUGUUUUCCGUCCUCAUCCGGGAAAGCGAGGCCAGCACUGUGGGGGAUGACGACAAAGUCUAUUAUUUCUUCACGGAGCGUGCCACGGAGGAAGGGAGUGGCUUCUCCCAGAGCCGGGGGCACCGGGUAGCCCGCGUAGCCCGAGUCUGCAAGGGUGACCUAGGGGGGAAGAAAAUCCUACAGAAGAAGUGGACGUCUUUCCUGAAGGCCCGGCUGGCUUGUCACAUCCCCCUGUACGAGACCCUGCGCAGUGUCUGUAGCCUGGAUGGGGGUUCCUGGGCCCACACGCGCUUCUAUGCAGCCUUUAGCCUGGCUGCUCAAUGGAGGACCCUAGAGGCCUCAGCCAUCUGCCGUUACGACCUGUCUGAUGUCCAGGCCUCCUUCUCUGGCCCCUACAUGGAAUACCAGGAUGGUUCACGGCGCUGGGGUCGAUACGAUGGGAUGGUGCCGGAGCCCAGACCAGGCUCGUGCAUCACAGAUGGCCUCAGAAGGCGGGGCUACAACUCCUCUCAAGACCUCCCCUCCCCUGUCCUGGAUUUCGUGAAGUUGCACCCCCUCAUGGCUCGGGGUGUAGGGCCAGCUCGGGGACGGCCCCUGCUGCUGAAGCGGAACAUUCGCUACACUCGGCUUGUGGGGACCCCUGUCACUGUGCCAGCUGGCCCAACCUACGAUGUGCUCUUCCUGGGGACAGCUGAUGGCUGGAUCCACAAAGCUGUGGUCUUGGGCCUUGGUAUACACAUUAUUGAGGAAGCCCAGGUGUACAUGGAGCCCCAGCCUGUGGAGAACCUGGUCAUCUCCCUUGCCCAGCACAGCCUGUACGUGGGGGCCCCUACUGGGGUGGUCCAGCUGCCACUGUCCCACUGCUCCCGGUAUAGCUCCUGUUAUGAUUGUAUCCUGGCCCGGGACCCCUACUGUGGCUGGGAUCCUAGUGUCCGGGCCUGCCAGGAAGCUACCAUAGUACCCAACAGGACGGCUCUGAUACAGGACAUGGAGAGAGGUAAUCGUGGCUGUGAGGGCAGCGAGAAUACAGAAGCACAUUUGCCAGCCAGGAACCGGUCGGUACUGAGGGGGGAUGACGUGCUCCUACCUUGUGACCAGCCCUCCAAUCUGGCCCGGGCCUUAUGGCUACUCAAUGGGAGUCGGCUGCUGAUGGACGGGAGGGACGGCUACCGUGUGGGUGUGGAUGGCUUAUUGGUGAUGGACACCCGGCCAGAGCACAGUGGUCACUACAGCUGCUAUGCGGAAGAGAAUGGGCUUCGCAGCCUGCUGGCCUCCUAUGGCCUCACAGUGCAGCAAGCCCUCCCAGCCCCAGCCCUAGCCCCAGGCCUGGCUCCUCCAGCCCAUGGUGCCCACCUGACCCCAGAUGUUCGUCUCCUUUAUGUGUUGACCAUUGCAGCCCUGGGUGGCCUCUGCCUCGUUCUGGCCUCCAUGCUCCUCUAUGUUGCCUGCCUGCGGGGCAGUGGACGCCGACGCAAGUAUUCGCUGGCCAGAGGUACAGGCCGGGCAGGGGGCUCUGCUGUCCAAUUGCAGACAGUCUCCGGUCAGUGCCCUGGGGAGGAAGAUGAAGGGGAAGAGGGGACAGAUGGGGCAGGAGGACCCGAGGGUGGUGGCCUCCGGAUAAUUCCUGGGGAGGGAACCCCAGCACCACCUCCCCCACCACCACCUCCUCCCCCUACUGAGCUCUCCAAUGGGCUGGCUGCACUGCCCAGCCGGCUAAGGAGGAUGAAUGGUAACAGUUAUGUAUUGCUGCAGCAGAAUGAGGACCGGCCACCUACUCUACCUUGCUCCUUCACAGAGGAGCUCAGCCGAAUUCUGGAGAAACGGAAGCACACACAGCUGGUGGAGAGGCUGGAUGAGAGCUCCGUCUAACCCACCUACCACCCAGUUCCCCUUUACCCUGGUCUCUACCCCUGGCCGCCUGGCCUAGGUCCUUCCUUUCCCUCUCCCUAACCCCUACCGGCCUUCCAGCUCCUAACUUGCCCUCUCCAGCCUCCAGAGCUGACUUCUAGAUUGACACCCUCCGUUCAAGCAGAUCCUUUAGCCGUUAGCCUUCUAGGCCUUAGUCCUACCCCUCAACUCCUACUACAGGGGUCCAGGUCAUCAUUGCCCUGUACCACAUAGAACAUCUUCCCAUGUCCCAUUUGAGACCAUCCUCCAAAAUGACUGAAUGGGGCCAUCGGUCAGGGGUCUAGGCCCCUAGGCCUUUAGCCAUCCUUCAAUCACCCUUUGCAGAACCUGUGACCUCAAAGAGUGAGCUACAGAGAGGUAGGUCUGCUUGUGAAGCACUAUCCCCAAUUUCUAAACGAAGGGGUGGGAGGUAGCUGGAAGUCUUCGGCUUCUUCCCCAAAGCUGAGAAGAAAUGAGGGGGCAGUAGGCAUGUAGACAGGGCCUCUUGCCCAGUGAUUGCGCUGCUUCAGAGCGCCCCUGUCUCUUUCCAGCAUUGCAGCUACAUGGUGGGCUGCAGGCAGAGGGCAGCUGCAGCAGAGCCUCCAUGUUUGCUAUCUGCUUCCCACCGCCUGCUUCGGUGCUGAGUUCUAAUGGUGACUGGAGAAGUCUGAAACCCUGCUCCCCACACUGUGCCCAAUAACCCUUUUCUAUGCUGGAUAGAAGGUCUGGCAGUGCAACCACCUGAGCAGCGUGUGUGCAUGUGUGUGAGGAAGUAUGCCUGAUGUGCAUGUGUGUCUGCCAGGUGAUACAAACCCUCCCCACCUUCUCCCAUAGGCACCCUUGGGUAUUUUAGUCUAGGAGUACACACCGAGCUCAGUCCUAUCCAGUUCUUCAAUCCCGACUCAGGGCCUUGUCUCCAAGUCUGGCAUUGAGAAGAAGCAGCACGUAGCUCCAUGCACACCUCACAUACCUGCUCACACCUAUACAUGCUCAUAAACAAGGUCACACAUGCACACCCUGAGCCCCCCAGGCUCUGCCAAGAAUGAGAUGGUGGCUGCACUGUCCCUCCCCUCAUUGCCUGGGGUCCCCAACCUGUUUCUGACAUGUCUGGUCCAUGGACAUUUCAUGGGAGUGACUUCCCCCAAGACCAUCUUCCUACCACUCCCACUGAAACUAUGCAAAGGGCAGGUAGUAGGCAGGCUGGGAGGUGGGAUUCCUUGGUCCUGCUUCUGUCCUACUUCACUGUGGUGCUGUAGAGGGGUCCUUGGGUCCAGUGAAGGUGAGACCCCAGAUUGAGAUGGGACAAUCAAAAACCCCUGACUGGGGUUGUUAACCCCUUUGGGCCAGGACAAUAACUGUUAUUGAUGCUGGGAGAGAACCCAGGACUACCAUAUUUUUACUGCCCUUCAAACAGCACCAUGAACCCUUCCCUUCUUUCAGCCGAAUGUAUUUAUUAUGAGAACUAUGGAAGGGCUCUAUUUUACUAUUAGUUCCUGGGGGAGGGCAGAGUAGGGCAGAGGGCAUUUAGCUGGAGGCUCAGAUAAGGAGGGGGGGUGGAACUUGGGCUCAUCUCCCCACUUCCUUCCUGUUGGUCAGUAAAUAAUGUCCUCUAAA